AUGGAAGAAGGAGAACUUCCUACAUUACCUACCCCCCAGAGAAUUUCCGUGGCAAUCAAUCCCAUCGCCCUAGUCACUACAGAAUGCAUUUCCGUCACCUCCGCCAUGCGCAAGAAUGCGAGGUGGGCCCAGAGCUCCGUGUCCGUCAUCCUGGGGGGCGGAGGGGGUAAUGUUGUCCCUGGAGGGUCUGGGAGUGGGACUGGGAGCGGGCUAAGCACCCCCGUUCCCGGGAGCCCAGCUAGGGGGUUGCAGAGACGGAAAUUGGGCGGCGAGGAGGUGGGGCUGGAUAUGGGGCUGACGAGUAGGUGGGGAUUGAGGGGGAAGAGGGGGAAGAGCAUUCAGGUUGGUGCAUCCUGGCCUGAUCAUUGGGGAAGGGGGCGAAUUGACUUUUUAUUUUCUUCUUUCCCAUCGUCUAGGAUAACCCCCUCAUGGCGGCCUUCGCGAAAUUGAGGAGCGAUUUACAGGAUUGUAAAGGUAAUGGAAGCUUCAGUUUGACUUUUGGAUGGCAUUAGCAGGAUUGACAUUUAGGGGGAGGGAGAUGUCUAGAUGUUAGGGAAUUCGAUACUCCUUCACUUCUACAUCCCUUUUUACAGGUUAUCCGGUCCUCGUCAACGUCAGGGCCCAUCACCUCACUUGCUCUAAUUGCCGUAACAAAGUUCUUCGCAUAUGGUUUGAUCAGCCGCAACUCUCCCCGACUCUCGCUAGCCAUGCAGCUCCUGUCCUCGGCAAUCACCCACUGCCGCUUCGAAGCUUCCGAUUCAGCCCAAGACGAGGUCGUUUUGCUACGGAUUUUGAAACUUAUGGAGAUGAUGAUUUCGGGACCGGGGGGGGAGCUUCUCGGCGACGAGAGCGUCUGCGAAAUGAUGGAGACCGGACUGAGCAUGUGUUGCCAGAUGCGGCUAUCCGAGAUGCUGAGACGAUCAGCCGAGAUGUCCAUGGUGUUUAUGUGCCAAGUUGUGUUUGAGCGACUGAAACACUUGGAGAUCGAGGCGGAUGUCCUUGGCGGUGACCUGGAAGAGAGCUCGAAAGGCGAGAUGGAGAGCGUUAAGAUGGAACCUUCAGUGAAUGGUGAUAGUUCUUCGCAAGGGAGUGAACCUAGAUCUUCGCAAUCUUCGGAAAAAAGUAGGGAUGCACCCACACCCUCAAUUGCGCCUGCGGGGGCUACUGGGGGGGAUCAGGUUGCUGUCGCCGAGGUCGCGGUGGGGGAGCAGGAGGUUAAGCCUUACUCUCUGCCAUCAAUACGGGAGCUGUUGAGGGUGCUGGUGGAACUGCUAGAUCCACAUAAUAAGACUCACACGGACACUAUGAGGGUAAUGGCAAUGAGAAUAAUUGAUGUUGCGUUCGAGGUUGCUGGGCCUUCUAUUGCUAAACACCCUAGCCUUGCAAGCCUGGCGAAGGAUGAUCUUUGCAGAUAUCUCUUUCAGCUGGUGAGGUCGGAUACUAUGACUAUACUCCAAGAGUCCUUGAGGGUUACUGGAACCUUGUUGGCUACCACUAGAGGCGUACUGAAGCUACAGCAAGAGCUCUUUUUGUCAUAUGUUAUCGCUUGCCUACACCCUAAAAUUGAUAUUCCGAGAGAGCCGGGGAUAGAUCCAAUGCUCUAUGAGGGGGUCUACCAAGCACCCAGCAGCGGCAGAUCCACACCGGUACCUGUGAAAGAAAGACAGAAGCUUGGCAUGGAGGGAGGGUCUAGGAGACCUGACGCUAGGGAGGCUAUGGUCGAGAGCGUGGGAGCUUUGGCUAGGAUACCAAGCUUCAUGCUGGAGCUAUACGUCAACUAUGACUGCGAGGUCGACAGAAGUGAUCUUUGUGAGGAUGUUGUUGGUUUCCUAUCUAGGGUAGGACAUGUCUUUUAAUGAGAGAACGAAGAUCUCUUUUUUAUUGACUAUUUAUGUAGAAUGCUUUCCCCGACUCUGCAACCUGGAGCACGACGAAUGUCCCCCCACUUUGUCUGGACGCCUUGCUCGGUUAUAUUGGUUUUAUCUCGGAACGUCUCAGCAGUGAGCCGGUAACAGAGGGGUACCCCGAUCCGGAAAAGCUUCAGAAACAGCGGGCACGAAAACAGCUCAUCAUCAAUGGAGCCAACAAGUUCAAUGAAGAUCCUAAAAAGGGAAUUCAGUAUCUUGUCGCAGAAAAUAUCAUUGACAGGGCUGACAACCCUGACUCAAUUGCUCGAUUCCUCAAAGGCACAUCACGGAUAAACAAGAAAUUGCUUGGAGAGUACCUUUCUAAGAAGUCUAACAUGGACAUCCUCACAGUUUUUAUGGAAAUGUUCGACUUUUCUGGUAAACGUGUCGAUGAGGCAUUGAGAGACAUGCUUGAGACAUUCCGUUUACCCGGCGAAUCUGCGUUGAUCGAACGUAUCGUCACUGUCUUCUCGGAGAAGUACUGCUCUGGUGUCAAGCCAGAUGAUGUCGAGGACAAGGACGCGGUUUUUGUUUUGAGUUACGCUAUCAUUAUGCUUAAUACAGAUCAGCAUAACCCUAAUUUAAAGGUUAGCCAAGCAGUUGAUCGUUAGAAAGUGGAGGGAACCGAUUGCUGACGCAACACAGUCCCAAGCACGGAUGAAAUAUGAGGAUUUUGCACGGAAUCUCAGAGGCGUCAAUGGCGGCAAGAACUUUGAACCUGCCUACCUGCAAGCCAUUUUUGAUACUAUCAAGAACAAUGAGAUUAUCCUGCCGGAGGAGCACGACAAUAAGCAUGCGUUCGACUAUGCUUGGAGAGAGCUGCUGCUCAAAACAAUGACGGCAGGAGACUUGGUGAUUUGCGAUACUAAUAUCUACGAUGCAGACAUGUUUGCAGCUACCUGGAAACCUAUAAUCGCAACACUCAGCUAUGUGUUCCUGUCUGCUACUGAUGAUGCCGUGUUCUCAAGGGUCAUCGCUGGGUUUGAUCAGUGCGCUAGGAUCGCUGCGAAAUAUGGGUUGACUGAAGCUCUGGAUCAUAUAGUUCGCUGCUUGAGCACUAUCAGCACCCUUUCGACUGAAACGCCUCCCAGUACCGCACUCAACACUGAAAUUCAGGUCAAUAACAACAGUGUCAUGGUGUCAGAGUUGGCGGUGAAAUUCGGAAGGGAUUUCAAGGCACAGUUGGCAACAGUUGUUUUGUUUAGGGUCGUUACAGGCAGUGAGAAGGUUUUGAGUGAGGGAUGGAAACAGGUUUGUCAAUCCGGCAUCCGUUACCAUAGCUUGCUUUCUAAUUGUGAUCCAGAUCGUCCGCAUUUGGCUAAAUCUGUUUGUGAACUCCUUGAUUCCACCAUUCUUUUCUCAGUCGGAGAGUGGAUUGGAUAUUCCUCCAAUCCCAUUACAAACGCCCUCAGUCGUCAUAGAGAGAAGCCAGACUUCGAAGGAAGCUGGCCUCUUCUCAGCGCUCUCCUCAUACCUUUCUAGUUACGCAAGUGACGAGCCUCCAGAACCUUCGGAUGAAGAGUUGGACAGCACAUUGUGUACCGUGGAUUGUAUCAAUGCGUGCUAUCUUGGAGACAUAUUCGUAAAUAUAAUGUAUAACACCUGUCGGACCCUCCUGAGGUUUAUUAUUGACGUGCCGCAGGCAACUCGAUGCGACAAACUUGGGAUCUUUAGUUACCGCGCUGCUCUCACAGCUCCCGAAUUUCGAUGAGGAUGAAGAUGAUAGCGCUAACAUUGUUAUCAUUAAACCUGAUUACCCACCGCAGUCUCCCAAUGGAUCUAUUCCUGUUAAGAAGGGGCCAAUAUAUGAUCCAGCUGUGGUAUAUGUGCUAGAGUUGGCAACCUGUUUGGUGUUGAGGGAUGAAAAGACGGUGGCCGAACAUGGAAAAAUGUUGGCGGAGACGCUGACAAGCAUCGUUCGGAACGCAGGGCUCACGCAUCACAUUGUUGUUUCGAGGGUCAUUUACUACCUGUUUUCCCUGUUACAGGCUAGCCACGACAGGUCAUUCCUCAAUGUUCCUGUCCUGCUGCACUCUAUCGCAACUCUGGACAGGGGUCUACUGGCUAAAUCUGCCUCACCGGUUGUCAGGGGGCUAUCAAAAUGUGUGAAGAGUGCUUCCUCCUCGCUCAAGACGGAAAUGGUCAAUUCACCGGAUUUCUGGGUCCUUCUGAGAAUACUCCUGCCUAAUGCCGAUGCUUCGGCAGAGGCCUUUAGUGUUAUGGAGCUUAUCACUUCGGAGUCGCCUUAUGUCACUUCAGAUAAUUAUGUUCCGGUUGUCUCCCUUCUCAACGAUUUCGCGUCUGCGGGUAGUGUUGGAUCUAUUUUCGAACAGAAACAAGAUAGAUUACCUAAACGAGGGAAGACAAGGAAGAUCGUUGACAGGCCGUAAGUUUUUGAUAAGUCUUGCCAGCCGUCAGAAACUAACGAAGGUUAGUGAUGCCGAAAUCGUAGCACGUGGCUCCAAGGCUGUACUCAUGGUUUACCAGCUCACCCCAAGGGUUCCGAACUUGAUUAAACAAUCUCACCUAGAGAAGAAAGAAGGUUCGCCGCGCCCCCCCCCACCUUCCUAACCCAGCCUCUAAUCGAGGGGCAGCAUGGACCACCUAUUGGAGUCCGAUACUGGAAUCUCUUAGUACUCAAUGUAUCAACCCGUGCCGCGAGAUUCGUAAUCAAGCCUUUUCAUCGCUCCAACCUUCUCUACUUUCCCCGGACCUCACAUCAGAUGACCAUCACGAGUGGACGGCGAUAUUUGGGGAUGUCUUGUUUCCUCUGAUAAAUAGGCUUUUAAAGCCAGAAGUGUUCCAAUCCGACCCUAGGGGAAUGAGCGACACAAGGGUUCAAGCAGCCACAUUGCUGUGCAAAGUAUUCUUGCAUUACCUUGUCAUGCUUUCCGAAUGGGACGGAAUGCUGGACCUCUGGUUAAAAAUCCUGGAUAUUAUGGAUAGGCUUAUGAAUAGUGGACAAGGAGACCACCUGGUAAAACCGAUGUCUCAAUACCCCACUUCUUGGAACCUAUUUUAACACUAUCUACAGGAGGAAGCGGUACCGGAAAGCCUCAAGAACAUCCUACUUGUCAUGGCCAGUGGGAAAUACCUGGUUCCUCCGGAGGAGGACGGGAAGAACGCCAAACUGUGGAAACUUACUUGGAAGAGAUUAGAAAGGUUUUUACCGGACCUACGUGAAGAGCUCUUCCGCGCACCAUCCCCACCUCCGGAGUUAGGUGACGCGGUGAGGAGGACGGGUGAGAAGAGGGCGGAAGAGGAAAGGGAAGAGGCCAAGCCCCGAUCAUCAGAGGAGGCUGAGAUAACCGUUGCGACGACGACACUCGGGGAUAUAGACUAGACCACGAUUAUACGGGUGGUGGAGGGGCCUUUCUUCUUCUUCUUUCUUUAUCAUAUUUGAGAGGUUUGAAUAUGGGUCUCUUACGAUAGUCUGGUUUAUAUUUUGUUUUUUUUUCCUUUCUUUUCCUUACCCUCUCCUUCUGUAAUAUUAUCGUGGUUACAUUCUGCGUCGUUUAUGGGAAGUCAUUCUUUUUUUCCCCCCAGCCCGGUUAGUAUAUGGCCUCAAGAUGCGUAGGUUUCACAUGAAAGUCGAUACGUGUCAUGUUGGUGAGGAAUGACACCUUGGGAUAGCAUUUAUACUCGAGAUACCUGUCAAUUGUAUGAUAUAUUUCAGGAACGGAAAGGGUGGCAUAUCCCUGACCAGUGGGUAUUCGUGCCAAGUUGCACGAGGCUGCGAAACGAGAAGACAGAUGUUCUCUUUCGGUAGCACUGACCCUGCACACACACCAACUCUUUUCUUUUUUUCCCCUAUAUGGCUCCGCCCCAACGCAAAUGCUUCGGCGAGACGAUCGACUCAUCGCGCCAAAGACCACGCUGUCCACACCUCGAACUCCAUACCAAUCCACACAAGCCCCAUACCUUUCCUCCCCCCCAGAUUUCCCCCUCAUAAACCUGCGUACCUCUCCUCCCUUCCGCCCAUGAAUCUAAUCAGAAACCAUCAGCACUCUUAACGCAUACCUCUCCCACUCCCAAGCAGGCACUUUUAUCCUAAGAAUACACAAACACAUAAUGGACCCGGGCGCAUCCCCUGAAUCCCCCUUUGCCACAACUCCCUUCGCGGAGCACGAUGCAGAUAUCUUCGGAUUCUCUCCGACUGGCGGUUACGCUCCAUCGGAGUUGGAGGAACUCGAUUUACUUAGGCUCGACCCUCUGACGGACUCACCUGUUGAACUAAGGGACUCCUCGCCCUCUUUGUCGCCAAAGCCCGAACCUGAGAAAGAGAAGAAGCCUGCCAAGAAGAGGAAAUCAUGGGGCCAAGAACUGCCAACUCCCACCACAAACCUCCCUCCAAGGUUAGUUGGGGCUCCCUAUGUUAUGUUACUCGGGUGUGUCGGUAAAAACCGGAAAGUAUAGCUUUUUCCUCCAAAGGGAUGUGUGUUGGGAUUAGUGGGAAAAGCUUUCCGAUUUUUACCGACACACCCGAGUAUAAUUCGCGUCUGGUGGACGUGACUUUGCAUCUUUCUCUUCUACUUGUACUAAUACUGUGCAUAGAAAACGUGCAAAGACCGCUGCCGAGAAGGAACAGCGCCGGAUCGAGCGCGUUCUGAGAAAUCGCGCAGCUGCUCAGGCUUCUAGGGAGCGGAGAAGGAAAGAGUUGGAGGAGCUUGAAGAUGAGAAAGCUAUUCUGGAAAAAGACAACGACGAUCUCAAGACUCGGCUGUCGGCUGUUGAGGGGGAGAACGCAUCUCUUGCCAAACGUGUGGAGGAGAUGCAGCGACAGCUCAAGUCCUUUGAGGAUUCUAUCAAGGCCUUCACAAGCAUGGGUGGCAAUAUGGUCGGCCGCCCCGCUCCUUCAUUCCAGGUGUUUACAAACGAUGCUAUCCUCGACCUCUCUUCCAUCAUCCCUUCUUCAACCACGCUAGCCUCCAAAUCGUCUGCGGAUCCUAAUGAGGCUCCCGAUAUGACACAUCAAUCUGCUGCAUUGAUGUGCGACCUGCAGUGUCUAUCGGUAGCAUUAAACCCGCGGGACCCACCAGCGGAGGUGGCAGCGAUUUGGCUGAUGCAGUUUGUGCUUUUGGAGAUGAUGGCCUCGACUCUCUAUUCGAUUCAGAUUCCUUUUCUUCAACUCUUCUUGAGUCUCAGGAAGGGGACGCCCAUUCCGACCUCGGAUUUGAUUCGUUAUUUCCCCUUGAUCUGUUGGUUGGUCACUGCCAAGCCAACCCGACAACUUUUUCAGCGACUGCUUAAAUGCAGCCCGGCUUUGGCGCUCCUUCCCCAGGACGCGACGGGCCGGGCUAUGUUGGCACAGAUAGCUCAGAGUAUGUCGGGACGGCUUGGCCAAGGAAUGACCAACGAUGGUGAUGAGGAUGGUGAUGCAUUGAAUACGGUGAGUGAAUGCCGGCGGAUCGUGAAGGAGUUGCGGUCCACAGUGGUCAUGGACGACCCGCGCCUGAACAAAAUGGGUGAUACUGGAGUUUUUGAUUCUCGCGCUUGCAUUUCUGACGGGAAACUGGGGGGUAACAAGGAGGGUUAAUAGUUUCCUUUUGUUUCUGUUUCUCUGCUUUUUUUUUCUUUCUAUUUUUUGUCUUUUCCACCGGUUGGAGAGAAAAGGGUAACAAUAAUACCCAAGGACGAGCACCCCUCUUACCCCUCACGGCGGGGGUGUUUUGGGUCUUUUUGUAGGGUGGUUUUGGGCUUUCCUUUUUCCUCGGGCCUUUCUUUUUCCUUUUUUUUCUCCCUCUUCUUUCGAUUGGGAUCCCGGUGGCAAUACUGCGAUGCGAUUUCGAAAUUAAAUUCAAGUUGAGGGCUGGCAGUGGGUACUUUUUCGAGCCAGGCUUGACGCGGAGGUUAUCGCUA